GUUGGGGUCCUUUGGAAAUCCCUUAUGAGUCGCUGUAUUUUUUCAGCCAAUUUCAGGUGGCUAACGUGAGUUAGUUCUACCGUAGAUGCUAUCAAAAAGGACGUGGAAAUUUAGUAAUUGUUCAUUUAGUUUAUAUAUGAGAGAAAGUUUGUCAUUAGAAUGAAUGGAACAGCAUAUUCAAACUUUGAUAAUCAAGAACAUGUCCUGAAAUUAGGCGAAACUUUCGAGAAACAGCCAAAAAGUGCUUUCCAUACGGUUCGAUAUGACUUCAAACCAGCAUCCAUAGACACUACAUGUGAAGGGGACCUGGAAGUUGGAAAGGGAGAACAAGUCACUAUAACAUUACCUAACUUGGAGGGAUCCACUGCUCCAGUUACAGUGUUUAAAGGAUCCAAAAGGCCUUAUACAAAGGAGUGCAUUCUUAUUGUAAACCAUGACACAGGGGAAUAUCGCUUGGAGAAGCUAAACAGCAAUAUUUCUGUUAAAAAGACAAGAGCGGAAGGCAGCAGUAAGAUCCAGUCUCGUCUGGAGCAACAGACCUCUAGGCUCAGUCAGCAAAUAAAAGGUGGAAAUGGAGGGAAAGCUUCAAACAACACCAAGAGCUCCCCUGCUAAAGAAAAGCUGUCUCCUACUUCCCCCAUGGAUGACAUUGAGAGAGAAUUAAUGGCUGAGGCACGUGUGAUGGAUCAGAUGAGCAGCGGUGACAGCUCCUCAGACUCUCAAAGCUCCUCCUCAUCUAGCAGUGAGGACAGCUCUAGCAGCAGCGAUUCUGAGGAGGAAACGCGGCCUUCGUCAGGCAAAUCUCACACAGCGCCGGCAUCCACCCACAGCAUGCCCAUCCUCACCACUCAGGAGCGCUCGGAGGAGGGGGUUGGGCACCACAUGAACACACUCGAAAACGAUCUUCAGCUGAGUGAAUCUGGCAGUGAGAGUGAUUACGAUUGAGAGCUGAAGGCCUUAAGCACACUCCUUGUUGUGGAACCGACAGACGGGGUUAUCAGGACCUGCCCACUCACUAACACUGUGAUAUGGGGAUUUUAAUUAUCUCUCAAACUUUAAUUCUUAAACAUUUUCUUUCUUCAGAACAGCAGUGUUUUGUCAACACCGGACAUGAUGUUUGGUUGACAGGUUAAAAGCUGUGAAAGUUUUCAUACGAGUUGAAUUAUUUAUUUUGUUAAAUGCAAAUGUGUAGGAUCUAUAGGAUUUUUUUUUUUAACACAAUUAUUUCCACUCUCAAAGUGUGUAUGGGUGCCAAAGGUGUGACCAGAAUAUUUGUUUAGUUUUAGUGAAAUGUCUGAGGCUGUUUUGUUUCAGCUCCAGAUACCAGAGCAACAUAUAAUUUGUGGUCUUAUGAUCACUUGGAAUUGAUGUUAUUCAGUGUAAAUUACAAUCUGUAAUAAUUACAAUCAAAUAUUCAGCAGUUAUUGCUUAGAGCCUGCAAUACUUGAAUGUGUCGGUUGUAAUCAGAUAUUCUAAGAAGGACGCUUAAAGCAGUUUCAGUGCUGUAACCUAUUUAUAGGAGAUGCUUUUGAUGGAAAAAAAAGCUGGGCUGCUUAUUAUAUAAUUAUAGAGUUUAAUAUUAUAUUCUAAUUAAUGUUUGCUGCUUUCCACUACAUUUAUCCAUAUCAUGCUUUGGUUUCUUAUCUGUGAUGAAGCGACAUACAGAGAGGUCAAAGAUCCCUGUAGUCAAUUCUGCAUCUCUGCACAAAUAGUCUAGAAAGAUAGUGUUGUUUAUUAAGAGCCUAGUUUUGGGUAUGAUAAAUGUGCUACUACAAAUAAUGCUUGAACAUUAAAGGUGUUUAGAACAAUAA